UUAUGAGAGACGAGGACAGACCCGAAGAGACGAACUUGCUUUGAGCAGGUCUCAUAUUGUUUCGCGGCCAGGAAGAAGUCGAUUUGUGCAAUUAAAAAAAAAAGAGGAAAAUGGUUUCCAACAUGGUGAAGACCGCCAUCGUGGGCUCUGUCGGUGUCGCUGUCAUUAUACUCUCAUCGACGUUGGGCUGGAUUCUCGUUCCCGAUAUCGCCACUUCGCAAGCAAUUAUAACGGCAGAGAAUGAAGCCCUUUUCGAAGUGUGGAAGAGUCCUCCGGUUCCGUUCUUCCUACAGUUUUUCCUGUUCAACUGCACGAAUUGCAACGAUCCCACUGACAAUAGCGUCGUUUUCAAUCUAACACAGUUAGGACCUUUCACUUUUAGUGAAAAACGUGUCAAAUUCAACGUCACUGAAAAGGAUGGUUUGCUGACUUACCUGGAGGAGGGAAGUUACUAUUACGAACCAACGGAAAAUGAAACCCCGUUGGACGCAAUAAUCGUCACUGUCAAUCCCGUCUAUUUUACAUUAGCCUCAUUGAUUGUGGAUUACGCACCGCCUGAAUCAGCGGGAGAACUUUCACUUAGUAUGCACCAAUUGCUAAAGUCGAUCGGCGAGGGUCCAUUUAUGACGCGCACAGUAGGAGAAAUGCUCUUCGAUGGAUGGGAACUUGACGGAUACAUUGAGAUUAUUCAAAUGUUGAGCGAUUUGCUUGGCGUCCAGCUGCCACCGCUCCCUGAAGACCCACGCUUCGGAUAUUAUUACGGAGUGAAUAAUACCAAUGAUGGAGAGGUUGUUGUAGAAUCGGGGGCAAAUGGACUUGACAAAUUAGGUUUGAUCAGAAAGUGGAAGGGGGAAGAAAAUUUGAACUACUGGAAUGACCCUUACUGCAAUAUGAUAAACGGUACUGACGGAGCCAUUUACCCACCGUUGGUGGAUGUCGCCGAGAAAACCUACAUCUUCGUUACGGAUCUAUGUCGGUCCAUAUACACCACAUACGAGAGAGACAUCGAGACGAUGGGAAUCAAAUCGAAUCGAUUCACCGUUCCAGCCGAGGUUUUCGAUGACAAAAACCCGGAAAACUUUUGCUAUUGUCGAGAUUAUAGUACAGAUCCUACCCUGUGCUUCAGCGCUGGCAUUCUCGAUAUGCGGCCUUGUCAGUUCGGGGCCCCCAUCCUGCUGUCAACACCCCACUUUUACAUGGGCGACCCGAAAUAUUCUGAUGCUUUUAUUGGAGUACAUCCGGUUAAAGAAUGGCACGAAACUCAUAUAGAUCUUGAACCACUGACGGCUGUGCCAGUCUUUAUCUCCGAGCGCAUCCAGAUUAAUAUCGACGUACGAAGAUAUGCCGUCCCUCAAAAACUUCUUAAUAUUAGCAACACAAUCUUCCCUGUCUUUUGGAUCAAUGAGACGGCUGUACUGGAUCAGGCUAGCGCUGACGACGUCGAUUUGGCAGUUAAUGUGAUUAACGCACUCAAUAUAAGCCGAUGGUGCUUCUUAGCCGCCGGAAUCGCUUUAGUUAUUGCAAGCGUCAUCAUGCUAGUGGUUUAUUUAUCGCGAUAAGAUUUGGCAGUUUUCGAAUCCAGC